AUGGAGACGGGCCCCCUCCUCGCCCUGCCGCACGACAAAGCAGAGCUCCUGUCGGAGCUGCAGAGAGGGGCCCCGCCGCUGGAUUUCUGCCUAGAGCAGGGCCCCCGGCUGGCCAGACCCCAAGACGCUCUGGCUCUCAACGGGGAGGGCACCCCGCGAGUGCUCAGCGAGCCUGUCAUCUCCAAUCGGCAUGACUCGGAGGAGAUCGUCACCUACAUCUCGGAGAGCAUGACGGUGACCUCGGCUGAUGAGGAGAAGCUGCUGCUUCUCAACAAAAACACGGAGCUGCGGCGCAUCAACAAGGAGCUCAUGAAGCUAAAUCAGGAGUGGGACCAAAUUUACCAUACCACUACCCUGGGGCUGCAGCAGAAGAUGGGGGCCCUGCAGCAGGAGGUGGUUAUCCUCAAGCAGCAGACGGAGAGGCUCUCCAUGAAGCUUGAGCACGAACAGAACAAGAGGGAGUACUACGAACAAACCCUCAUCCAGGAGCUCAAGAAGAACCAGCAUUUACAGGAGUACGUGAGGCAGCUAGAAGGCAGACAGCACCACGACAGGGAGAAGAGGACCUCAGCUGGCUCUGAAGUAUUGGCAUCUGUGCCCUGGGAGGAAUUUGUAGAUGCCCAGUUCCCGCUUCCCAGAAAGAGCCUGAAGGAGAAUUCACCCAAAAAGCACGAAGAAGCCAGUCAGAAAGUGCAAGGGGGCGAGACCUACAAGCUCAGGAAGUGCAAGCACUUGGCCCAGGUGAAUAAUAGCUCGGAUCCUGUGAAAGAGGUGACUGACCUGAAGGACCAGCUGGAGGCCUUGAAAUGCCAGACAGAAAUUUAUGAGGCAGAUUACAGGACGGAACACAAAGACCGGGAGCGAAUCAAAGCAGAGAAUGAGAAGCUACGGAAGAAGGAGGAGGAGAUGAGGCAGCAGAUGGCACUUCUGCAAGAGCAGCUUAAGAUCUUUGAGGAUGACUUCAGGAAGGAGCGGUCGGACAAGCAACUGCUUCAGCGCCUCCUGAAGAGCAAGGCCAGCCCCAAGGAGCCCAUCCUUGUUCAUCGCUGCAACAGCCAGGAGAGGCCAGUGGUACCCGCCUUGCCUGCGCACUCCACUUCCUCCACAUCCAAGCGAGGCAACUGCAGCAAGCACUGUGAGAAGCACAGCCACAAGCAGGGGGAGUGUGCCAAGCACCACUCGCAGGAUGCUGAGGCAUAG